CUGAUUUUCUUUUUCUUAUUUUCAGACCAAACAUGGCACUGCCGCCAUAUUUGAUACCAGGAAGCCCCUGGGCCUAUAUGGCCCAGCAGCAGGCUCAGCUUGCUGCUGCCCAGGCCCAGGCUGCUCAUGCCCAGAUGCAUGCUCAUUUUCAAGCGCAGGCGCAAGCACAGGCUCAAGCUCAGUCGAUCCCACGCUCGCAAGCUGGCCCACCUCCGGUUGAAAAUGUCUCUCUGGAGAAAAUGCAAGAGAAGGCACGCAGGUGGCAGCAACUUCACAACAAGAAAUAUGCGGAGAAAAGGAAGUUUGGGUUUGUUGACGUACAGAAAGAAGAGAUGCCACCUGAACACAUCCGUAAAAUCAUUAGAGAUCAUGGAGAUAUGUCCAGUAGAAAGUAUCGUCACGACAAACGUGUAUACCUUGGUGCACUGAAAUUCAUGCCCCAUGCUGUUCUUAAACUUUUGGAGAACAUGCCUAUGCCUUGGGAGCAGAUCAGGGAUGUCCAGGUCCUGUAUCACAUCACUGGAGCUAUCACAUUUGUAAAUGAAAUUCCGUGGGUUAUUGAGCCAGUUUAUAUAUCUCAGUGGUCCACAAUGUGGAUGAUGAUGAGGAGAGAGAAGAGAGACAGACGUCACUUCAAGCGAAUGAGGUUCCCGCCUUUUGAUGAUGAGGAACCCCCAUUAGAUUUUGCUGACAACGUUUUAGAUGUUGAACCUUUGGAAGCUAUACAGAUGGAUUUAGAUCCAGAGGAAGAUGUUGAGGUUGUCGAUUGGUUCUAUGAGCACAAACCACUUAUUGACACGAAGUAUGUUAACGGCCCAACGUAUAGGAAGUGGCGGCUCACCCUUCCACAGAUGGCUACAUUGUAUCGUCUGGCAAACCAGCUUCUGACAGAUGUGUCUGAUAACAACUACUUCUACUUGUUUGAUCUGAAAUCUUUCUUUACAGCAAAGGCAUUGAACAUGGCACUACCAGGUGGUCCUAAAUUUGAGCCUCUGAUCAAGGACAUGAACCCAGCUGAUGAAGACUGGAAUGAGUUCAAUGACAUUAACAAGAUUAUAGUUCGACAUCAAGUCAGGACAGAGUACCGCAUUGCUUUCCCUUACUUAUACAAUAACAUGCCUCAGUAUGUCCACCUUAGCUGGUAUCACACUCCUGUCGUUCUGUACAUCAAGACUGAGGAUCCCGAUCUUCCGGCUUUCUAUUUUGAUCCCUUGAUCAAUCCCAUCUCUCAUCGAAAUACUGUCAAGAGUGAGACUCUUCUGCCUGAUGAUGAUGAGGACUUUGAAUUGCCAGAUGAUGUUGAGCCAUUAUUAAAGGAGUGGCAAUUAUAUGAUGAUGCGACAGCAAACGGAAUAGCACUUUUAUGGAGCCCAAGGCCAUUCAACAUGCGUUCAGGAACAAUGAGGAGGGCUAUUGACGUUCCGCUCGUGAAGACUUGGUAUCGUGAGCAUUGCCCACCUGGACAGCCAGUGAAGGUAAGGGUGUCAUACCAGAAGCUGUUGAAAUACUUUGUCCUCAAUGCCCUAAAGCACCGUCCACCUAAAGCACAGAAGAAACGCUUCCUGUUCCACUCGUUCAAAGCCACCAAGUUCUUCCAGACAACCACCUUAGAUUGGGUUGAAGUAGGUCUGCAAGUAUGUCGACAGGGUUACAACAUGUUGAACCUCCUAAUUCAUCGCAAAAACUUGAACUAUCUCCAUUUGGAUUAUAACUUCAAUCUUAAGCCAGUGAAAACUUUGACAACAAAGGAGCGUAAAAAGUCGAGAUUCGGCAAUGCAUUCCAUCUGUGCCGAGAAAUUUUGAGGCUAACAAAGCUAGUUGUUGAUGCUCAUGUACAGUAUCGACUGAACAACGUUGAUGCUUUCCAAUUAGCUGAUGGUUUGCAGUACAUAUUUGCUCAUGUUGGUCAGCUUACUGGUAUGUAUAGGUACAAGUACAAGCUUAUGAGACAGAUUCGUAUGUGUAAGGAUCUCAAGCAUGUUAUCUACUACAGAUUCAAUACUGGACAGGUAGGCAAGGGCCCAGGAUGUGGAUUUUGGGCACCAGGCUGGCGAGUUUGGCUUUUCUUCAUGAGAGGCAUAACCCCGCUGCUAGAACGAUGGCUUGGUAAUCUUCUGUCUCGUCAGUUUGAAGGUCGACACAGCAAAGGCGUUGCAAAGACUGUCACCAAGCAAAGGGUAGAAUCUCACUUUGAUCUGGAACUAAGAGCUUCUGUCAUGCAUGACAUUCUGGAUAUGAUGCCUGAAGGCAUUAAGCAGAAUAAAGCCCGCACCAUCCUUCAGCACUUAUCAGAGGCUUGGAGAUGCUGGAAAGCUAACAUUCCAUGGAAGGUUCCUGGUUUGCCAACUCCCAUUGAGAACAUGAUUCUGCGUUAUGUGAAGAUGAAAGCUGAUUGGUGGACAAACACUGCUCACUACAAUCGGGAACGUAUACGUCGUGGUGCAACAGUAGACAAGACUGUUUGCAAGAAGAACAUGGGCCGCCUCACUCGUUUGUAUUUGAAGAGUGAGCAGGAAAGGCAACAUAACUACCAGAAGGAUGGUCCAUACAUCAGUCCCGAAGAGGCUGUUGCCAUUUACACCACAACAGUUCAUUGGCUGGAGUCUCGUCGUUUUGCUCCCAUACCUUUCCCACCACUGUCAUAUAAGCAUGAUACAAAGCUACUGAUAUUGGCUCUCGAGAGAUUGAAGGAAGCCUACAGUGUGAAGUCCCGUUUAAAUCAAUCUCAACGUGAGGAGCUGGGACUUAUUGAGCAGGCAUAUGAUAACCCUCACGAGGCUCUCUCCCGUAUCAAACGUCACUUGCUCACACAAAGAGCUUUCAAAGAAGUUGGAAUUGAAUUCAUGGAUCUGUAUAGUCAUUUGAUUCCUGUGUAUGAUGUGGAGCCUCUGGAGAAGAUAACAGAUGCUUACCUUGAUCAGUACUUGUGGUAUGAAGCUGACAAACGUCGCCUGUUUCCACCGUGGGUGAAACCUGGAGACUCCGAACCACCACCUCUCCUCGUGUACAAAUGGUGUCAGGGUAUUAACAAUUUGACAGAUGUAUGGGAUACUGCUGAUGGUGAAUGCAACGUAAUGCUGGAGUCCAAGUAUGAAAAGCUCUAUGAGAAGAUAGAUUUGACCCUAUUGAACAGAUUGCUGCGACUUAUUGUAGAUCACAAUAUUGCUGAUUACAUGACUGCGAAGAACAAUGUUGACAUCAACUACAAGGACAUGAACCACACAAAUCGUUAUGGCAUUAUUAGAGGCCUACAGUUUGCAUCCUUUAUUGUACAGUAUUAUGGACUUGUCAUGGACUUGCUAGUGCUGGGUCUAAAGCGUUCAGCAGAUAUGGCCGGACCUCCUCAGAUGCCCAAUGAUUUCUUAAACUUCCAAAAUGUGGCCACAGAAACACAGCAUCCAAUCCGUCUCUAUUCGAGGUAUAUUGAUAGAAUUCAUAUUUUCUUCAGAUUUACUGCAGAAGAAGCCAAGGACCUCAUUCAGAGGUACCUCACAGAGCACCCAGAUCCUAAUAAUGAAAACAUUGUGGGGUACAACAACAAAAAGUGUUGGCCUAGAGAUGCAAGAAUGAGGCUUAUGAAGCAUGAUGUCAAUUUGGGACGCGCUGUUUUCUGGGAUAUAAAAAAUCGCUUGCCUCGCUCGGUGACCACCAUCAAUUGGGAGAAUUCAUUUGCUUCAGUAUAUUCUAAAGAUAAUCCAAACUUGCUCUUCAACAUGGCCGGGUUUGAGUGCCGUAUCUUGCCAAAGUGUCGUAUGACACACGAAGAAUUCAAGCACAGAGAUGGUGUAUGGAAUCUCCAGAACGAAGUCACAAAGGAACGAACGUCUCAGUGCUUCUUGAGAGUAGAUGAUGAGUCCAUGCAAAGGUUCCACAACCGCGUAAGACAAAUUCUCAUGGCAUCUGGCUCUACCACAUUCACAAAAAUUGUCAAUAAAUGGAAUACUGCCUUGAUUGGAUUAAUGACUUACUAUAGAGAGUCUGUCGUAAACACCCAAGAACUUCUGGACCUGUUAGUGAAAUGUGAAAAUAAGAUCCAAACUCGAAUCAAAAUUGGCUUGAACUCUAAAAUGCCUUCAAGAUUUCCCCCUGUUGUAUUCUACACACCUAAAGAACUUGGUGGUCUUGGUAUGCUUUCCAUGGGUCAUGUACUUAUUCCGCAGUCAGAUUUACGAUGGAGUAAGCAGACUGAUGUUGGCAUUACGCAUUUCCGCUCUGGUAUGAGUCACGAUGAAGAUCAGUUGAUUCCUAACUUGUACAGAUACAUUCAGCCUUGGGAAACAGAGUUUUUGGAUUCACAAAGAGUUUGGGCCGAAUAUGCCUUGAAAAGACAAGAAGCAACAGCGCAGAACCGUAGAUUGACUCUCGAAGAUCUCGAGGAUUCGUGGGAUCGAGGUAUUCCAAGAAUAAACACACUCUUCCAGAAGGAUCGCCACACACUUGCGUAUGAUAAAGGUUGGAGAAUACGUACAGAAUUCAAGCAGUUCCAGGUACUUAAGCAGAAUCCAUUUUGGUGGACACACCAGAGACAUGACGGUAAAUUGUGGAACUUGAAUAACUACCGAACAGAUAUGAUUCAAGCUUUAGGUGGUGUGGAAGGAAUUUUGGAGCACACACUUUUCAAAGGAACGUAUUUCCCUACAUGGGAGGGUCUGUUUUGGGAGAAAGCUUCAGGUUUUGAAGAAAGUAUGAAAUAUAAAAAGUUGACCAAUGCACAGAGAUCUGGUCUAAACCAGAUUCCCAACAGACGUUUCACUCUUUGGUGGUCACCUACCAUUAAUCGAGCAAAUGUGUAUGUAGGUUUCCAGGUACAACUUGAUUUGACAGGUAUUUUCAUGCAUGGCAAAAUUCCCACCCUCAAGAUUUCUCUUAUUCAGAUUUUCCGAGCUCACUUGUGGCAGAAGAUUCACGAGUCUGUUGUGAUGGACUUGUGUCAAGUGUUUGAUCAAGAGCUGGAUGCUUUGGAAAUUGAAACUGUCCAGAAGGAAACUAUUCAUCCCAGAAAGUCAUACAAGAUGAAUUCUUCUUGUGCUGAUAUUCUCCUUUUUGCAGCUUACAAGUGGAAUUAUUCCAAACCUUCCCUUUUAGCUGACUCCAAAGACACCAUGGAUGGUUCUACAACACAGAAAUAUUGGAUUGAUGUGCAGCUGAGGUGGGGUGAUUAUGACUCCCAUGAUGUGGAACGCUAUGCAAGAGCCAAGUUCUUAGAUUACACCACUGAUAAUAUGUCUCUGUAUCCUUCUCCCACUGGUGUGUUAAUUGCUAUUGACUUAGCAUACAAUCUUCACAGUGCAUACGGAAACUGGUUCCCUGGUGCAAAGCCACUGAUACAACAAGCUAUGGCAAAAAUCAUGAAAGCAAACCCUGCCUUGUACGUGUUACGAGAGCGUAUCCGCAAAGGUCUCCAAUUGUACUCUUCAGAGCCCACUGAGCCCUACUUGUCUUCACAAAACUAUGGUGAACUUUUCUCAAAUCAAAUUAUUUGGUUUGUAGAUGACACUAAUGUGUACAGGGUUACAAUCCAUAAGACAUUUGAAGGAAACUUAACAACCAAACCCAUCAAUGGAGCUAUCUUCAUUUUCAAUCCCAGAACAGGCCAGCUGUUUUUGAAGAUCAUUCAUACGUCUGUAUGGGCAGGUCAGAAACGUCUCGGUCAGCUAGCUAAGUGGAAAACUGCAGAAGAAGUUGCUGCUUUAAUUCGAUCCUUACCUGUAGAAGAACAGCCCAAGCAGAUUAUUGUAACUCGAAAGGGUAUGUUGGAUCCACUUGAGGUGCAUUUGUUGGAUUUCCCUAACAUUGUGAUCAAGGGCUCUGAAUUGCAGUUGCCUUUCCAGGCUUGUUUGAAGGUAGAGAAGUUUGGUGAUUUGAUUCUUAAAGCUACAGAGCCACAGAUGGUACUGUUCAAUUUAUAUGAUGACUGGUUGAAGAACAUUUCAUCCUAUACUGCAUUCUCAAGGCUGAUUUUGAUACUCAGGGCUCUUCAUGUAAAUAAUGACAGAACAAAGGUUCUUCUGAAGCCUGACAAAACUACAAUCACAGAACCUCACCACAUCUGGCCAUCUCUGUCUGAUGAAGACUGGAUAAAAGUUGAAGUGCAGUUGAAAGAUCUCAUUUUGGCAGAUUAUGGUAAAAAGAACAAUGUCAAUGUUGCAUCACUCACUCAGUCUGAAAUCAGGGAUAUCAUUUUAGGUAUGGAAAUUAGUGCUCCUUCAGCACAGCGACAACAGAUUGCCGAAAUUGAGAAACAGACUAAAGAGCAGUCACAGCUGACAGCAACCACCACAAGAACUGUCAACAAACAUGGAGAUGAAAUCAUCACCUCUACCACUUCUAACUAUGAAACGGCUACGUUUAGCAGCAAGACAGAAUGGAGAGUUCGAGCCAUUUCUGCAACCAAUCUCCACUUGCGUACCAAUUACAUCUAUGUAUCCUCCGAUGACAUUAAGGAGACAGGUUUCACUUACAUUCUCCCUAAGAAUGUUCUGAAGAAGUUUAUCAUCAUAUCUGAUCUCAGAACACAAAUUUCAGGCUACCUUUAUGGUAUUAGCCCAUCGGAUAAUCCACAGGUGAAAGAGAUCCGUUGUAUUGUUAUGCCACCUCAGUGGGGAACACAUCAGAUGGUGCACUUACCUCACAAAUUACCCUCUCAUGAAUUUUUGAAUGAAUUGGAACCCUUGGGUUGGAUCCAUACCCAGCCUAAUGAAUUGCCACAGCUUUCGCCACAUGACAUCACAACUCACGCCACUAUCAUGGCUGAUAAUAGUUCCUGGACUACGGAUCGCACCAUUGUUAUCACAUGUUCAUUUACCCCGGGUUCAUGUUCCCUACAAGCAUACAAACUCACACCAUCGGGCUUCGAGUGGGGUCGUAACAACAAAGACAUGGGCAAUAAUCCUAAAGGUUACCUUCCCUCUCAUUAUGAAAAAGUUCAAAUGCUGCUGUCUGAUAGAUUCUUGGGACUGUUUAUGACUCCACUGCAAGGCUCCUGGAAUUACAAUUUCAUGGGGGUGCGUCACGACCCAAAUAUGAAGUAUGACUUGCAAUUAGCCAGCCCUAAGGAGUUCUAUCACGAGGUCCAUCGACCUGCUCACUUCUUGAAUUUCUCCUCCUUAGAUGAAGCAGACACUGCAGGGGCAGACAGAGAUAAUGCCCUGGAGUAAUGUAGAAAUUGAUAUUUUAUCCACUUUGGUAAGGUUCAUAGCUGUAUUCGCAUAGAGAAGCAUAUUCUUGUGGAGCUUGUUAUCUAUAGUUUUUAUUUUUUCCAUAGUUUCUUAAGGAGUAUUUUCCUUUUUUAAUUUUUUUUCUAUUGUUUAUGUAUGAUGGUUUUUGGAUUAUAUCAGGUUUUGCAAUAAUCCAGCCUAUAUUCUUGUAAAAUACAACAUAUUUGAAUGUGAUAAUAAAUAUGAUCUUUUUAUAAAA